AUGUGGAAAUUCAAUAGGAAGCUAGCCCGUUUAACCUGCCGUCUCUAUUCGAACUCGGGCGCCAGCUCGCCUGUUUGCGGUAAAAAAAAACUGCCCCAGAACUUGAAAUUCGUCGUUCUGAACCCUACCCAGUCUGGACUGGUCAAGAAUGACCAGAAGCUGGCUAGGCACCAACCCUCGAGCAGGCGCGCUCACAAAGACACCGGCAACGACGACAACGACGACUUCGGCUCGAAGCUGCUCGUCUUCGAGAAGCAGAACUCGCUGGACUCCGCAUUGAACUCCAUCCGCUUGAAAAAACCAACCAACACCAGCUUGUCCUCCCUCGAGUACAACGCUCUUCUCCAGACGCUCACGUCGAGUUACAACCGCCACCAGCUGCGCGAGUUCAUCUCCUCUAACCACCCGGACUCCCCUUUGCAUUUGACACAUUGGAAGAAAAGCAAACUGUCACAGUACAUCAUUGGAAACAUCUGGAACUGCCACCCAGAGUCAACACCGUCCACGCCCACGGGAAUCAAGUCCACGUCGUUGACCUUCCAGUUCGACACUCCAAGGGAGAUCUUCCUUUUGCUCAUCACCCAAAACGGUAAAAUCCUCACAAACUUCAAUAAGCUGGGCUUGACCUUCAUCAUCUCCAUCCAGGACAACGAGUUGACCGUCAAGGGCUCGUCCAGUCUGCUCAAAUAUGUGGAGAUUUCUCUUAACAAAAUAUGGUCAAAUAUUACCCAAGAAACAGUCGACAUACACGCUUCCGCCCCGUCAAAGGACCUGGUCAACCUUAUUCAGAAGGAAUCUCACACUUUUUUCGAAUACCUCCCGGAGUCGCAAGCGUAUAAGAUCUCUGCACUAAGUCCCAAGAAGAUAUCCAUGGCGAAGGCCCUUCUGCUGAACGCAAUCUCUUCCAACCCGCACGCAUCCCAACAAUACCACACAAUCGAAUCGGCCCCGCCAACCAAGCUGGCAUCCUACCCAUUCAACAACACUCUGGAGAACUUGGACUGGCUAAACAAGUCCCGAGAUUGGUCAAGACUGCAGUCAACCGUCCCUAGACCCGGCGCGGAUUUGGGAACCAGCGCCACCGCUCCACAAGUGACAGAUGCGCAAAUUAACCAAUACAACGCUUUCUUGUCCGCGAACGCGCCCUCUUCCCCCACUCCCAGCUCCAUCUCUCAGUGCCUCUCAAUGACACUAGGCUAUUCCUUACAAUCGCCGGCGUCUCCCAGCGUCUUCCAGCCUUUGGUACACAAAAGCUUUAUUUCAAAACUACUAAGCUUAUCCAAUUUUACAGAAUCGUCGUCGUCAUCGACGCCCGCAUCUCUGGACCAGCAUCUGAUCACAAACCCUCACCACUCCUUUGUACAGUUGAAUUUUACUCCUAUGCCGCCCAUCUCGAACCCAUCACCCCCUUUUUUGCAAAUCUGGUUCGAAACUGAUGAAUUCGAUAAUAUCGUUACUGCUUCAAUGAGACCUCUCCUGAAACUGCAGGAAAACUCUAUCGUUUUACGAACCCCACAAUCCCAAACAGACUACAAAAUCACAUCCGACUACAUCCAAGAUUUGCUGCCCAAUUUUGACCAGACCCGCCCGGACGCUUGGUUAAGUGAUCAAAAAGGUCUCCAGGAAUUUCUCGUAAAGUCCCACUGGAAACUAAAUAAGUACCAAAACCUUAUGAAAAAAAUCACGAUCGCAUUGCCGAAUAGCCAAGCACAGCAAUAUCAAUUGACCGAUAUCUUAACACAUCGUGUCUUGAAUUUGCAAUUCCCCACCGGCAGCGCCCAGGAUAAAUACAUCAUUCAAUAUUCUGAUAUCAGCCGCGGCUUUGUAAACAAUGGUUCAUACAAGCAGUUGGACUUCAUUAAUAUAAACCCGAACGAAACUUCCUUGAAAACUUUCAUUAAUGACGUUUUGAACUUCUAA